ACUUUCUUAAAGUGUUCUCAUUUUACACGUUGUGGUUUAUACAAACAAACCACUCGUGAAAUUAAAAGUUGAAGCGGCAAAAAAGGUUGAUUCUUUUCAAUAUGAAGUAGAAGGAAGUGGUUUUUAAACUAUUUUUUGUAUAAUAAGCAAAAUCAAAACAAAUAAUUAAUUUCGCAUCCAACAAGUUAAACUUGAUUUUGAAUUUAGAACCACUAUUGUUUUUUUUAUGACGGCAUUGAUUGAUCGAAAUAUACAAGACGUUUCAAACCUCACGAAUAAAACUUAAAAACAUAUUUCAUUUGCAGAAGUCAGCAAAGAAGAAUCAUAAAAGUUAUUUCAGAGUUAACUGUAAGCAUGCCAAGAAACGAUAUCUUUCCCAUCCUAGAUGUUUCAUGUCUGUCAGAUAAUUACACAGCAGCCAGUGAUUGGGAAGGUGCAAAACUUCAGCAUGAUGUACAAGUAAACAAUCUUGUUGAAGAAUUAUCAAAUGGUUUUAGUGACUGGGGAUUUCUUUACGUGAAAGGACAUGGUAUACCACAAAAUCUCAUAGAUGGCGCAUUUAUUAUGUCAGAAAAGUUUUUUAGACAGGAGAAGGAGACGAAGAUAAAUUAUAAAAGGGGACCUGGAAUAAGUGAAGGAUAUGUUCCAAUAAAAGGUGAAGUGUUUGAUGAAAUGAAACCUGAAGAUAUAAAGGAGGCUUUUGACUUUUUGCCCAAUUCUGAUGUCAGUAAAAAGUUAUCACAAGAAAUGCCAGAAGUUGUUAGUGAAUUGAGCGAGUUAUUUAAACACUGUUCGACUUUUUUAUACAAAUUACUAAGACUGUUAGCAGUUGCACUUGGUAUAGACACAGAGUAUUUUGUGAAUCUACAUACAAAUGUUGGUAAUCGCAGCUUAAAUGGAACUUCACUGCGAACAUUGUUUUAUCCUCAAAUCAAUGGAUCGACAGAGGUGAAUCAAAGACGUUGCAGUGAGCAUACAGAUUAUGGAACAAUAACUUUACUUUUUCAAGAUAAUAUCGGUGGUUUAGAGGUUCUGUCUCCAUCUGGAGAAUUUGUAAAGGCUUUUCCCAUCCCUGGUACCAUUGUCAUCAAUGCAGCUGACCUCUUGCACACAUGGAGCAAUGGGAAAUUCCGCGCAACCACUCACAGAGUGCAGAUACCAACAGAUCCAAUGCGAUUGUCAAUGCCACGCCAGUCAAUUGCGUUUUUUGCUCAUCCAAAUUAUGAUGUCACUAUUAAUUAUCAGGACGAGAAUGGAAAAGCGAAGACGAGAAAUGCGUAUGAACAUUUGAAAACAAGAUUUGAUUCCACCAUUGUUGUUGAAAAUGAAAAAACAUAG